AUGCCCGCAGAUUUUUCAUCACCCCGACAAUCGCGAGGCAAACAGCACAAAUCAUACCGCGUUGCAGACGAGUAUUCGUUCCUCGACGAAGAAGAUGGAUCUGCAGCAUCUGGUAACCAAUCGCCAGCCUUCCAGGAUGAUGAUGAAGAUGAAGACGACUUCAUGCCGGACGCCCAGGAAGAGGUUGAAGAUGACUUUGAGGAUGAAGAGGAGGAGAAUGAUGAAGAAGACGACGCAGAAGAAGACGAGGAAGACUCAGACGAUAGCCUCGUAACGCCCAAACGCGGUGCUCGCGGGCCAAAAGCUACUCUCGUCAAGCCGCCCACCACCCCGCUUGUCCAACGCAACAAGCCAUCUACAGAGCACGUACCCUCGCCUAUUACGUUUUCCAAAGGCAGCGGUAUCAAAGUGCGCAAUGUAGAUGCUGAGAACAAGCUGCGGACACGCGGCGUACCCGAUUUCGACAAGAUUGGAGGUCAUGAGCCGCGAUUGAAAAACUUGUUCGGGCCGGAUGGCCAGCAUCUUCGACCCGUGUUGGCGUCUCGUGACUACUGGAGCUCUCAGGAGACGUUUCCGAUCAAGAAGCCUGGGCGUGUUGACUCUGGUCAGACUGAGUUGGGGGGCUUAAGACGAAGCUUCUUUGAAAAGGAAGGUACUAGGGAGAAAGAGAGUGAGGUCCUGAAGCAGUGGUAUAGGCACACAGGGAAGGCCGUUUUCGAAGCUGUACAGGCUACCAAGGAGUUCUCCGAGGAGGAGGCUAAGGAGUACAUGGGGAAUGAUGGACCAGAGAGUCUGAAUGUGCUCACUGGGCCUGUCAAUAGCCCCCAAGUUACCGCUCUUGGGAAAGGCAAUUAUAUGCAUGUUGGGCAGUCCUUUCCAGACAAGGAUAGUAGAAGAGGCUGGCUGUUCAAUUUUGGAUCCAGGAUACAAGACGCUCAAUGGGCUACCAAGGAGGACAGUCGAACGCAGUAUAUUGCUGUCGCGGUUGAGCAGCACCCCUUGGAUGGAACCCGGCCCAAGCCUAUGGAAAUACCAAAAGCGCCUGCUUUCAGUGCUACGGAGCCACUUCCAGCCUCCAUCCAGAUCUGGGCGUUUGAAACUACUGAAGACGGAGAACUGGAUAAUUCAAAAGAGCCUAGACUUGAACUUGUCAUUUGCGCCAACUGGGGUGCUCCUAAACAGCUACGAUGGUGUCCAGUCGCUGCUACACAUACAAAAGCAGACUCUAGUACUGAGACAGAAACUCACAUUGGCAUGCUUGCGGUCAUCUGGUCAGACGGACGAGUUCGUAUACUAAACCUAUGCACCCCGAAGCGUCAAGCCGGACAAGUCCAAACCACCUAUCUCCACUUCUCCUGCACAGCCUUCGAAGUCUCAAUCCCCCAAACCGUCCCCUCCUGUCUCCAAUGGCUCUCAGGCACCACCCUCGCCGUCGCCACAGCCGCUGGCACCGUAGCCAUCUGGACCCUAACCCGCCCGGGCACCCUCUCCCAAACCCCUCAACCACACAAUCCGCGCCCUUGGUUCUACCACCAACUAGCCGACACUUUCAUCCUGACCAUCUCCUCCGCUUGGCCCUCAAACCCGCACUACCUCUCCAUCAGCACCGCCGACGGCUUUGCCCGCCUCUUCGACCUACGCAGCCCCACCGCCGACACCACGGCCUCCAUCCGCGGGCGCACCCUGUGCCUCACACAAGCCUGGCACGAGCACACUCAAUCCUUCGUCAUGCCCGACGAACACUACAUCCUACGGCACACGCCCGUCCGCCGCUACUAUCAUAACCUGUACAGCAUGCGACUGGACAAUAGCAUCACGCGCGUGGCUACGAGCCCCGUGCACCCGGGCGUGCUGGUCGGUGGUACCGAUGGCGACGUGCAGACGAGUAACCCCGUGAUGCGCAUUGCGAAUUACAAGGUUGUGCCGUGGCAGCAGAAAUGGUUUGUGCAUGAGUGGAGGAGUGAAGUCACAAAAUUAACCGUCAAACCUGUCACUACUAUUAACGCCCCCGGAGAAGAAAUAUCUGAGGAAAAAGGAGAAAAAGAUAAUGCUAGUGUAGCGAAUGUGCCAGACGACAUCCUCCGCCAACCCCUCGUACGCAUCUCAGAGGGCUACAAGGCGGUGCAGCAGGGUAUCGCGAGUAGUGCGGUGUCGAAGCGGAAGGGCAACCCGGAGAUUGGGCGAUCGAUUAGUAUUUUUGAGGAAAAGUCCGCAGUUACGGCUUUGGCGUGGAAUCCGAAUUUGAAAUAUGGGACGUGGGCGGUUGCGGGGAUGGGGUCGGGAUUGUUGAGGGUGGAGGAUGUGGGGAUUGUGGAGAAGAAGAAGUAG